AUGCCCAGCAUCGGUUAUGGAUCAAACAAGAAGACCCGUCACACGCUCCCCAACGGUUUCCGUAAGGUCCUGAUCCACAAUGUCCGCGAGCUGGAGAUCCUCAUGCUGCAGAACAGGAAGUUCUGCGCAGAGAUCGCCCACGGAGUCUCUUCCAAGAAGCGAAAGAACAUUGUGGAACGUGCGCAACAACUAAGCAUCAGGGCCACCAACGCAGCAGCCCGUCUCCACAGUCAGGAGAACGAAUAA